UCAAAUCAAGACGUUUAGGUUAGGUUUUUAAAAGUUUGUACAAAUUUAUUACUACAAAAUAGCUGCAAUUAGUGCGAAUAAUUUGCGCCAUGUGGUCAUUUUUCUCUCGUGAUCCUUCCAAAGAUUUCAACUUUGAAAUCGGUGAACUAGUCAAGGGACUCGAUGAAAAGAGUGUAUGGACCCUUCAUAAGGGCAAAAGAAAGGGCACUGGGGAGGAGGUGUCUGUGUUUGUGUUUGACAUUAAAAGUGGAUCAGAAACUCAACAAGAAAUCGCCAAAGGUGCAGUGAAGCGGCUGAAAACUUUGAGGCAUCCUAGUAUUUUAACGUAUUUAGAUAGUUUUGAGUCGGACAAGGUUUUGUAUUUAGCUACAGAGUAUAUUGAACCGUUGGCUAGUCAUCUGGAGAAGUUGACGAUAGAAGGGGCCCAAAAGGAAUUGUAUAUUGCAUGGGGAAUUUUUCAAAUUACGAGGGCGUUGUCGUUUUUGAAUAAUGAUGGCAACCUUCGCCAUAACAAUGUUAAUAUUUGGUCGGUUUUUGUUAAUUCCUCUGGUGAGUGGAAAUUAGGUGGUGUUGAAUAUGUUUUAAAUGCUCAAGAUAGUACUAAUAUUACUAUCAAAAUUAUACCAUCGUUAGAAAUGUAUGAUCCUCCAGAAAAGAAUGAUCCUAGUAAACAACGGUCAAUUACAAAAUGCUCUUCAGAUAUGUGGGGUUUAGGUUGUUUAAUAUGGGAAGUUUUCAACGGUCCUUUAUAUCAACAGUCUUCUUUGAAAGUUUUAGAUAAAAUACCUAAACAGUUGGGUCCAUUGUAUUGUGAGUUGGUUGGGGCAAAUCCGUCAUCAAGGCCUAAUCCUGCCGAUAUAAUAACUAGAUGUCGAAAACUUGGGGGCUACUUUAAGAACGAUUUAGUAGAUACCUUACUCUUUUUAGAAGAAAUUCAAAUUAAGGACAAAAACGAGAAGAAUCGAUUUUUCUCAAAUUUAACACCACAUCUAGACAACUUCCCAGAUAACGUGUGUAAACAUAAAAUAUUACCACAAUUAAUCACGGCUUUUGAUUAUGGCGACGCUGGUUCAGCUGUUCUAGCUCCCAUGUUCAAAUUAGGGAGACUAUUAGAUGAAGCAGAAUAUCAAAAAAAGAUAGUACCUUGUGUUGUUAAAUUGUUUGUUAGCAAUGACAGAGCUACCAGAUCGCGAUUAUUACAACAAUUGGAAUAUUUCAUUGGACAUCUGCAGUCUGCAACGGUUAAUGAUCAAAUCUUUCCCCAAAUUGCUCACGGGUUUAUGGAUACCAACCCUACAAUUCGAGAACAGACUGUUAAAUCUGUGAUACAUCUAGCACCUAAAUUAAAUUAUAACAAUCUAAAUGUCGAAGUUUUGCGUCACUUUGCUCGUCUUCAGUCGAAAGAUGACCAAGGAGGCAUCCGCACUAAUACUACAGUUUGCUUAGGAAAGAUAGCACAGCAUUUACACCCACAAAUUCGACAAAAAGUUCUAAUAUCAGCUUUUAUACGAGCAAUGAGAGAUCCAUUUCCGCCGGCUCGAAAUGCAGGAGUUCUAGCUUUGGCAGCCACGCAACAGUAUUACCUCUUAAAUGAAGUAUCUUCAAGGAUAUUACCGGCAUUAUGUCAAUUAACAAUGGAUCCUGAGAAAUCCGUGAGAGAUUCAGUGUUUAGAACGAUCAAGGGAUUUUUAGGGAAAUUAGAAAAAGUUUCAGAGGAUCCUAGUCUUAGGGAGAGUAUGGAGGCCGACGUAAACACCGCGACUCCAAGUCUUAGCAAUGCUGCAGCAACUUGGGCUGGAUGGGCUGUUACGGCAGUUACGGCGAAAUUCUAUCGAAGUCAAUCAGACACAGUGAAGUCAAUGAAUCCGAUGGCUAGUAAGAUGUUGACUAAACCUGCUUCCCUUGAGCAACCUUCUAGUAGUAGCAUUUCGACAACUACGUCGAGUGUUACCUCAAUGACGUCUUUAGAACAUGAAGAAGGAAGUAGAGGAAAUGAGUCAGUUUCUGAUUAUGAUUAUGACCAUUGGGGUGAUAACGACAACUGGGGAGAUAUGGAGACGGGCGGUCAGAUGGCCAGUAGUAGCGGCAGCGGUGGUGGAGGUGGCACUAGUGACGCUGCCAGCCCUCCGUCUGGUUCUGGUACCAAUAAAAUCACAGAUGGUUGGGACAACGAAGAAUGGGGUAGUUUAGAAGAAGAACCGGAAGCGGAAGCUGAAAUGACUAGUCCUUCAGAGGCUUGGAGUCCAACUGAAGUGACUCCAAUUAUAUCAGAAACGCAAGAACAUGGUGUUAGCAAUAGGAGAUCUGUAAACAAUUGGGGUGAUACGGAAUUUGAACCCUUGGAUGAGCAAGCAAACACAACAAAUCAUAAAUUAGAAGAAGCUAAGAAGAAACGGGAAGAACGGAAGUUGAUGAGACAGAAAGAGUUAGAAGCACGACGUGCUACAAGAACUACAGGGGGUCCCAUGAAGCUAGGCGCUAAAAAAUUAUAAUUAAAGUGUUGGAAUUUUGGCAUUAAAAAGGGCAAUGACGUGGAAAUUUUUUCGGAUGAUUAACGCUGUGUAAAUGUACAGGUUAUCAUGACAAGUUGAAGGUACCUACUUCAGUCAUUUCUUCGAAUUAUAAAUGGAAUUACACAGACUAAAAUAUACACCAAAUUUGAGAAAGAUGAAUAUUCUAUAUAAACAUAUCCUAAGCGUUCAUUCCCAAUUUUGUGUAGCAUUAGCGGCUAUAUUAUAAACUAAUGAUGAAUAAUAAAACCAUUUAGUGUUUGUAUGUAGUAUGGUACGAUUUACAAGAUUUAUUUUAUUUUAUUAUUUGGGUAAUAUUUUAAACCUUAAUUCAACGAUGUCAUGAUAUUUGUUGAUUUUAUCUACUAAUAAGUGAUUACGCUUUUUAUAUGACAGAGAAAAGUUUUUCUUACGAAUUUACAGAUUUUGAACUAAAGCCUAAUUAUGUGGUCAGUACCUACUGAAGGAAAUUUACAUGCAUAUUUAUAUUCCAUGUGGACAGGAAGCAGAGUUGGAAUAUUUGAUUCUUCCCUGGCCUUUAUAGCUUUUAUAAAUGAUAUAUAGUUGCAUGCUAAUUGUAUUUAUGUAAAUAUUUUUAUAUAGUUAUGAAAAUAUGUAUGAUAUUGUUUCAAGUUUAAUUAAUUAAAUAUUUGAUGUAAGUAUAUUUUACCGUUAAUAUUUUACUUUGGUUAUUAUACCUGAUAUAUAUUUUUCUAUGUAUUUAUUAGAAUUGUCUUAAAUAAAUUUAUUUGAAGUGGCAA